AUGCCACCAAACCCCCUCCCCACGCACUCCCUCACCCCCGAAGCCCCCCCAGCCAUAAUCCCCAUCCCAAACGGCAGCUCCCGCCGCGACGGCUUCAGUCCCGGCGCGAUAAUCGGCAUCGUAAUAGCCAUCGUGUGCCUCCUCCUGCUCGUCCCCAUCAUCGCCAUUCUCCUCCGCCGCUACGAAAAGACGCGGUUACGCGAGACGCCCAAGCUCAGUCCGGGAAGCCCUGGAAGCAGCGAUAUCAGUCUGCGGAGUGUGCAGGAGAACCAUAGUUUGAAGAGUAUACUUGUGACGAAGGAGUUGUCGCGAUCCAGGUGGAUUCGGGAAAUGGGGUAA